AUGACGCAAUUCGACGCAUAUCGCAACAAGAUGCAGGCCGCUGGCCUGUCCACGGAGGCCAUCAUGGCUUUCGAGUACUCGUACGAGGCCCUCGUGAGUGGCGAGACGGGCAUGAUCGCUGAGGACUCCAUCAAGCCAUCUGACAACCUCCCGUACCUUGAGAACAAGGCCGACUGCAUCCGUGAGUCGAUCAAAGCCGACCCGGAACUUCUCAAGGAGACGGUCGUGCUCAAAUUGAACGGCGGCCUUGGCACAAGCAUGGGUCUGGACAAGGCAAAGUCACUGUUGACUGUCAAGGGCGACGACACCUUCCUGGACAUUAUGGCCAAACAAGUGACGGAGCUACGCAAUACCCACAAGUCUCAUGUGCGUUUCGUUCUUAUGAACAGCUUUAGCACGAGCGCAGACACUCUUGAGUAUUUGCAAAAGUACCCGGAGCUCGUUGAGGACGAGACCCUGGAGCUGCUGCAAAACAAGGUGCCCAAGGUGGACGCCUCUACCAUGGAGCCGGCUACGUACUCGCCCAACCCCUCCAAGGAGUGGUGCCCCCCGGGUCACGGUGACCUGUACGCAUCUCUGGCUGGGUCGGGCAAACUAGACAAGCUCGUCGCUGACGGCGUCAAGUACAUGUUUGUAUCCAACUCGGACAAUCUGGGAGCUACUCUCGAUCUGGACUUGCUGACUUAUUUCGCACAGUCGGGCAAGCCUUUCCUCAUGGAGUGCUGUGAGCGCACGGAAAACGACAAGAAGGGUGGACAUCUGGCUGAGCGCAUAGCUGAUGGCCACCUCAUUCUUCGUGAGUCGGCCCAGUGCGCUGAAGACGAUGAGAAGGAGUUCCAGAACAUCACCAAGCACCGAUACUUUAACACGAACAAUCUGUGGAUCCGUCUUGACAAGCUUCAAGAAGAGCUGAAGCAUCAGGGAGGUGUCAUCCGUCUUCCAAUGAUCAAGAACUCAAAGACCGUAGACCCUAAGGAUGCGAGCUCGACUCCGGUGUUCCAAUUGGAGACUGCCAUGGGUGCUGCCAUUGAGUGCUUCGACGGGGCUGGCGCUGUUUGUGUACCACGCACGCGUUUUGCCCCUGUGAAAAAGUGCGAUGAUCUGAUUCUGCUGCGUUCGGAUGCAUACGUGAUCACUGAGGAUUACCGUCCCAUUAUCGCACCUGAGCGUGAGGGCGUGGCUCCCAUCGUGUCGCUUGACUCGAAAUGUUUCAAGCUAGUGCAGCAACUGGAGGCCGCGGUUCGUGGCAAUGUGCCGUCACUGGUAAGGUGUGAUCGCCUGAAGGUUACGGGUAACGUUGGUUUCGCGCCGGGCGUCGUAUUUGAGGGAUCCGUUGAGGUCGUGAACAAGAGCGCGGAGCAAAAGACUGUCCUUGCUGGCACGUACAAGGACACUACCGUUGACCUCACCGAGCAGAAGGGCCUGGGCAAGCUGAAAGUGACGACCGUGAAGACCGCUCCGUUCCAGGAUCAGAAGCCCGGCACCUCCGGUCUGCGUAAGAAGACCAAGACGUUCAUGAGCGACAACUACCUGCAGAACUUUGUGGCUUCAGUGCUCUGUGCACUUCCUGCUAAGGACCUAAACGGCGGAACGCUCGUUGUGUCCGGCGAUGGCCGCUACUUCAACAAGGAGGCCACCCAAAUUAUCGUCAAGAUGGCCGUGGCUUAUGGUGUCGACCGUCUUUGGAUCGGUAAGGAUGGUUUACUGAGCACGCCGUGCGUUUCAGCUGUUGUGCGUGAGCGUGAAGGUGGCAGUGUUGCAUUCGGUGCGUUCAUCUUGUCGGCCAGCCACAACCCUGGUGGCCCGAACGAGGACUUUGGCAUUAAAUACAACUGUGAGAACGGCGGCCCUGCCCCUGAGAAGGUCACGGAUGAAAUCUUCUCUCUGUCGAAGGUGAUCACGUCGUACAAGAUCGCUGCGGACUUCCCCACAAUUGACUUAGCCACAAUUGGCACAACAACUAUCGCUGCUGACGAUGGCAGCCGUACAAUCACGGUUGAGGUAUUCGACUCGGCUGAGCACCACGUGACUUUGUUAAAGCAAAUCUUCGACUUCCACGCCAUUAAGAAGUUAGUAUCGCGCUCGGACUUUACGUUCGCCGUGGACUCGAUGUCGGGUGUGAACGGUCCGUAUGCACGCCGUGUGUUCGUGGAGGAGCUGGGCUGCGACGAAUCGUGCCUGCUGAACGCCACUCCUAUGGAGGACUUUAACGGCGCCCACGCAGAUCCGAAUUUGACGUACGCAAAAACUUUGAUCAAGGUCAUGGGAGUCGAUUCCAACGGUCUGCCUGUGCACGGCCAGGACCAAGAGCCGCCUUCGUUCGGUGCCGCUUGGGAUGGCGAUGCUGACCGUAACAUGAUUUUGGGCUCGCGCUUUUUCGUAACGCCUUCGGACUCCCUUGCCAUCAUUGCUGCCAACUGCACGGUGAUUCCGUUCUUUAAGAACGGUCUGCGUGGCGUGGCUCGCUCGAUGCCUACGAGCGGUGCUGUGGACCUCGUGGCAAAGAAGCUGAACGUGCCUUUUUUCGAGGUGCCGACAGGCUGGAAGUUUUUUGGUAACUUGAUGGACUCAAAUGUCGUGUUCGGCAAGGAGGACUACACUCCUUUCAUCUGCGGCGAGGAGAGCUUUGGUACGGGCUCGAACCACAUCCGUGAGAAGGAUGGUAUGUGGGCCGUGUUGAGCUGGCUGUCGAUCCUGGCGUCAAAGCAGGUGGACGGCGCUCCGCUCGUGACUGUGGAGGACGUCGUCCGCGAUCACUGGAAGAAAUUCGGCCGCAACUACUACUGCCGCUAUGACUACGAGAAUGUGGACAAGGCCGCUGCUGAGGCUAUGUUUGCAGACAUGACCAAGUUUGAUGGUGUUGUGGGCAAGGAGAUUAAUGGUUUUAAGAUUGAAAAGGCUGAUGAGUUCGAGUACGUGGACCCAGUGGACGGCAGCGUAUCGUCACACCAGGGUAUCCGCUUCCUGUUUGAGGGUGGAUCGCGCGUUGUCUUCCGCCUAUCUGGCACGGGCGUUGCCGGUGCGACCAUCCGUAUGUACAUUGAGAAGUACGAAGAGGCGACGGGCAACUUGGACCAGAACGCCGCUGUGGCGCUGGAGAAGCUGAUCGAUGUGGGUCUGAAGCUGUCGGACCUGGUGAAGAAGACCGGUCGCAAGGCCCCCACGGUCAUCACUUAA